UUUUUCGUAAUGCUGAAGGCACGGGAGCGAACCCCCCUGAUGGUUUGUUUCGUGAAUUACUGCUUUUACUUUUAUUUUUUAAGAUUGUUUGAUGUGUUUGUAAGUCCAUGACAUCCUUGAUCCGUGGAUGAAUGUGACGGGAGGUAGAGACUGGGGAGGGUUUUAUUGAAAGUAGCAAGAAACAGGACUGCUGAGUUCCAUGGAUUUUAUGGAUACAGCUCCGUUUCUGACGAGCUGUAUGAUUUUGUGUAAAACAACACAUUUACAUUGACAGUAUGUUGGGAUACACAGCCCAAAUUGAUGAUGGACACAAUGCAGACACACUUUUCUGGUUUGUAACCUUUAUAUGUAGUUACUGCCAGGAUUAGUUCUAGCAUUGAAGAACUGGCGUGUCUUGUGCUUCCGGGUUCCUCUUCUCAGUCUUCUCCCUCCCUACACCCGUCCUGUAAGGCUGGGAAGUGGAGGAACCCCACAAGGUUUUGAACAUCUAGUCAUUUUCUACAAGAAGACAUGUCUAAACACUACAAUCACAAAAUGCAGUCGAACACAGCCCUGCCUCCAUUGAUUGAAGUGAAAUCCAAGUUCGACGCCGAAUUCCGGCGCUACAGCAUAGAGCGCGGCAAGAUGAAGAAAUUCGAUGAACUCUAUCAGCUGGUUCAGCGGAUCCAUUUCCUCGAGGAGAUCCCAUUCACCAUCAGCUACACAGACCCGCGCGACGGCUACCUGCUGCCCAUCAACAACGACGACAACUUCGCCAAGUCGCUCGAGUGCGCCCGGCCCCUGCUGCGUAUCAUUCUUCAGAGGAAAGGAGCCCCGGGUGAGAGCGUCUGGGACAUUAGUGGCGCCAACACGAUGAAGCGGACCAAGUUUCUGCCGCAGCUGAUCGGCUCGCCCAAAGUCAAGCCUCCCAUCUCCUACCCGGAGGAUUUCAGACAGGUGGCUCAGAUUAUAGACGUCGACACGGUGCCCGAGCGGUGCCGACGAGUACGGCUCCUCAAACACGGCUCGGAGAAACCACUGGGCUUCUACAUCCGAGACGGCACCAGUCUCCGGGUCACGCCUACAGGGCUGGAGAAGGUGCCCGGUAUCUUCAUCUCCCGCCUGGUGCCGGGCGGCCUGGCCGAGAGUACCGGUCUGCUGGCCGUCAACGAUGAGGUCCUCGAGGUCAACGGCAUCGAGGUGGCCGGCAAAACACUCGACCAGGUAACCGACAUGAUGGUGGCCAACUCUUCCAACCUGAUCGUCACCGUCAAACCGGCCAACCAGCGCUACCCGCUGGAGGCGGAGCGGGGCAGCAGCGCGCGCACGUCCCAGCUGAGCCGUGUGUCGGCUCAGUCCGGCCGCUCCACACGCAGUUCCGACUCGGGAGGAGCCGGUCCGGAGGAUCUGAGUGGCGGACUGCUGGCCGGCAGGAACGACGGCGUGCUGCAUCUCUGAGAAGAGAAAGGGGAGGAAGGUUGAAGGGACGGACAGAGAAGUGGAUGAGAGGGGAGAGAGGAGACGAGAUAGAGGACAGUUGUUGCUGAGGGGGACGAUGUGGGGUAUGCACUCUGCGUGGGAGUGUGUGUGUGCGUGAACCAUGCUUACUGAGUGUUUGUCCGAAUGUAUGACGCGAAGUGAGCAGGACGUGUGACUUAGCGGACUUUACCCGCGGCGUGAUGAGAUUUGUUGAGCUGAAGACGGGGUCGCGACUCUGACGCGGCCCCAGUGUGCGACUGCCCAGUCGACCCCAGCUCUCCUCCCGCCCAGCCCGUCUGGGUUGGGGACUGACAUUGUUGAUUGCCGAGCUUUUGGUGCCUCGGCCAGAGGGUGGCGGCUGCACGGUACACACAUUCCUUCCCAGAGCUGUGGAGUGUACUGGGGUGCAAACUGCAGCUCUACUGGCCACCGGCGGUGAUGUGGCGUGAAUUCGGGUGUUAAACUGCAGCUCUACCGGCCACCGGUGGCUGUGGCGCAUAUUUGAUGGAAACUGGCAGCUCCACUGACAAGCUGCAGUGGCGUGUAUUCCGUGUUAAACUGCAGCUAUUUUAUCCCUCACGCGUUGGCGCGAUAGAAGCAAGCCCUCCCCGGGCUACGAGCGGUGUAAACCUGCCACUCUAGUGUGGCGUCGCCUAUACUUACACAUAAAGCCGUCCUUAUAAAGUGCUCGUUACAUGCCCAUAUGUCCGCGGCCCUAGGGUCACCCUGUCUUCCGCAUAAACGUAUCAAAGUAGGAGAGGCAGCUAGCUCCCUUGUGAUCCAUGUACCGGGCCUACAGGGCCGUAAAUUAGUAUUGUUAGGAAUAUCCCGCUCGCGUCUGAGAUUGUUACAGGCCUGCAUUUAGACGGAGAUGUUGAUACCGGUUUAUACCUGCGCGCGUUGGACGAAAGGAGAGCUUUACGAAGUCGUUCUCGGCAGCUAAUUGAAGUAAUCUUGACUGGUAGUGUGCGUAACCAUGUAUUAGCGCGAUAGGACCGCCGCGCUGGGCUGUAUUUCUCUCUCCAGAGUGCCCUUCCCUCUGCCUGUGCUGCGAUUUUCGGGACCAAGCGGCGACACGGGACGGUGUUUUACCCUGCGACUGAGCUGCCGGACCGUCGGGCGGCGCCGCGAGACGAUCGGUGUUUGUGAUAUGACAAGAAGCUGGUAGCUAUUACGAUCAACUGACGGUGACUUACCUAACAUUCCCCAGCGCGCGCGACCGUGAUUGUGUGGCCGAUUGGACGCUUUUCCUGUAACGCGCGCGUGCCGUGUCCGCCCGGUAAACGGAGGAGAUGAUGGAGGAUUACUGAGGUGUAUUUAUGGAUGGUUUAUACCGGGGACGGGAGGGACGCCGAGUGAUGGACACAGGUCCGGAGCUGUCCCCGGUGUGAAUGCACCGCUUCCAGCCACGGGUUGAGACGACGGAAUGAAAUACACUGCUGUUGACAAUG